AAAUCCAAGGAACAGCAAUAAUCAUGAAGUCAAUCGUAGCCGUCGUUCUAGCCGUGUGCAUGGCCAGUACCCGGGCCCAGCCUUUGGCCAUUCCCAGCCAGUUGGACGCCCAAGUUCGCAAUGUUGUGGACGAGAUGGCAGAGAUUGGUAAGAAUGCCGGCGAGGCCCUGGCGCACCAGUACGAGGAGAUUAUUGUGGAGCCACAGCACGAGCUGGAGGAGGCCGUCGAUCAAGUGGAGGCCCGUCGCGCAGAGAGUCCCGAGUGCGUGGCGGCCGAGGAUGAGAAGAUUACCCACAUCUUGGACGCGGCCCAUGACGAGAUGCACAGCUGCAGUGUUGUCGCUGCCCACACCUCCGCCGAGAUUGCAACUGAUGUGAGCGCAGCCACCCAGCAGCUCACCUUCGGUGGCUACGCCCUGGGACGCACCUACAACCAUUGCCAGAGCUACAAGAGCUCCGUCCUAAAACAGACCUGCAUGGCCAAGUUCUACGUUCAGGCCUCCAUUUACCUGAUCAGUGCCCGCUCCUCCAUCAAGACCAUCAGGCAGUCGACCAACCAGCGCAUUCCCGCCGUCUUCGCCGAGGGAAAUGUCUGCACCCAUGACGCCUCCGCUCAAGCCAUCCUUGGCCUCGAGGAGGUCAAUCGUCAUAUCGAUGCUUGCGUCUCCCGUCGUCAUCGCUGAUUCCUGAUUCUAGUAUCCGGAUCUCUUGUGCAGUCAAAUAAAAUGUUGGAAUACCUA